GGAAAUGAAAUAUAAUACGAUUCAGACCAGCCAACACCCACAGACACAUAUUCAAACACACACACACACUCACUGGAUACACACACAGAGUAAAUAAAAUCCAGCCUCCUUUAGGAGUACACUCCAUUUCCCUCUCCACCGGGUGCGGCUGCUCAUCCACAAGUUCUCCAGAACUUUUCCUCAGAUUUUCCAGCUGUUUAUUUCCAGUUUGGUCCUGCAACCAUGGCAGCAUUGGGUUCUCGCGGUACUGUAACGGAGGCGGCGGGCUUCAACCCUGAUCAGGAUGCAGAAGCUCUGAGGAAAGCCAUGAAAGGAGCAGGUACUGAUGAAGCUGCGAUCAUCUCCAUCCUUCCGCACCGCACUAUCGCUCAGAGGCAGCUGAUAAAGGAGUCGUAUAAACGAGCCGUGGGGAAGGAGCUGGCUGAUGAUCUGCAGUCGGAGCUGACGGGGAAUUUUGAAAAGGUGGUGAUCGGACUGCUGAUGACAGCACCAGUUUACGACGCCUACGAGCUGAGAAACGCCAUUAAGGGCGCUGGGACGGAUGAGGCGUGUCUGAUCGAGAUUCUUGCCUCCAGAACCAGCUCUGAAAUGAGAACCCUCGUUGCUACCUAUAAUAAAGAGUAUGGGAAGAGUCUGGAAGAUGAUGUGUGUGGAGAUACAUCAGGAAUGUUUAAGAGAGUGCUGGUGUCUCUGCUCACGGCAGGUCGGGAUGAGAGCAAUACAGUAGAUCAGGCUUUAGCCGCACAGGAUGCCAAGGAGAUAUAUGAGGCAGGUGAGGCCCGCUGGGGUACAGAUGAGGUGAAGUUUCUGACAGUUCUGUGUGUGAGGAACAGAAAUCAUUUACUGAAAGUGUUUGAGGAGUAUAAGCGGAUCUCUGGUCGGGAUAUCGAAGACAGCAUUAAGAGGGAGAUGUCCGGCUGCCUGGAGGAGGUUUUCCUGGCUAUAGUGAGAUGCAUUAAGAGUAAGCCGGGAUUCUUCGCUGAGAGACUCCAUAAAUCUAUGAAGGGUUUAGGUACUACAGACAGUAUCCUGAUCAGAGUGAUGGUCUCCCGCUCUGAGAUCGACAUGCAGGACAUCAAAGCUGAGUUCCUGAAGACAUACGGAAAAUCCCUGCACUCCUUCAUCAAGGGUGAUACGUCAGGUGAUUACCGUAAGAUCCUGCUUGAGCUCUGUGGAAAAGAGAUCUGAUCCAUCAUGUGUCGACGAUCAGCUUCAGCCCUGACCCUCUUCAUUAGCACGUCGCUAACUAACACUUCCUGCCUGAUUAAACACAUUUCAGCCUGCUCCUCUGAUUCUCACACUUUUUAAUGCCAAUAAAAUAAGACCGGUGCUGUAAA